AUGGUAAGGUCCUACCCCCUGGUCUGCCUCCUCCUCCUGCCGCUGGGCACCUGCUUUCCUCUACUGGACAGAAGAGAGCCCACAGACGCCAUGGGUGGCACUGGAGCCAGAGAAAGCUGGGCCGACCUGGCCGAGGGGCCCCGACCCCACUCUGUGUGGGGCUCCUCUCGGUGGCCGAGAGCUUCACAGCCACAGGCCCUGCUUGUCAUAACCAGGGGGCUGCAGACAUCGGGCAGAGAGCAUGCCGGCUGCAGGUUCCGCUUCGGGAGGCAGGAUGAAGGCAGUGAGGCCGACGACUUCCUCCCUGCCGGAGGGGUGAAGGCCAGCGGCCCGUUAGGGAACCUGGCUGAGGAGCUCAAUGGCUACAGCAGGAAGAAAGGCGGCUUCAGCUUCCGCUUCGGUCGUCGGUGAAGGGCCAGGAUGCCUUGGAAGGGUUUGCUGUUUGGACUCACCCCCAUUGUCUUCACUCCUGCCUUCUCCCCCAGUCUCAAAGACCACGACACCCAGGUGGUGUAGGCAUGGUUACGAUGAACGAUCCAUGGAAGGACAGGUUAGGAGGGUGCUUGCUUUUGAUUUCCAACUUUGCUGAAGCGAAAAACUAGGCAGUGUCAAAAAGGAGGCUGUCUUGGCGCCUCGGUCGUCCCAGACUCUCUCUUCUCCUGGGGCUCUGACUCGGAGCAGCCCCCUGGCCCCAGGGGCACGGAGCUGAGGCUGUGGCUGGGCCAUGAAUGGGAAUAGCAGAGCCAGGCAGCGGGCUGAGGACUUACAGUUGGGUAAUCAAAGUUGUGACAGUCUAUAGGGACAACUGCAGCUGACAUCAGAGUGCAAAUGAGUACAUUCCACUGGGUACAGAGGAUGGUUCUGAAAGUUAAAAACGGAAAAAAAGAAUCCGAUCCCCUUCUCCAUCCCUUUAGCACCAGAUCCCCCUGGCAAGAAGCCCCUGCUGUGGUGAGCCUUCCCCUCUGACGGCCGCCCUUCUCCGCAGCCCAGUGUUAGCCCGGCCAGGAGUCUCCUGGGAGAUGCAUUGGGAAGGAAUACGUUUUUGCUACAGCAAGGUUGCAUUUCAUUUGUUCAAAAUCAGAAUAUGUCGUGUGUAUCUUUUCAAAUAAAAGGUGUGACAACUGCAAAACCAUA